ACAAACAAGGAUUUCACGUACACUGUUGAUUUAGUUUACUUUAUGUUUUGUCAGCUGUGAAUGAUAUACAAAUCUGUUUCAAAGCUCACUGUAUCCUUAGUACAGCAUCUUGCUUAACUCUUCACAAUAUUGUUAGGAAACCAUCCGCACACGUGUACUCUAUCAUCUCAUGGUUUAAUUUAAAGUAAGCAAGUUUUAUCAAAAGCAUACUUUACAAAAUAUAUUAGUAUGGCAAAUUUUAAGAGAGUUUUAUAUCUUGUCCAAAGGGUGCCCUCAGAAAGAAAUUUAAUUAAGUGGAGUUAAUGGCACCCAAUAUAGCUGAAUUUUUCCCAUCAAAUUCCGCCGGUGGAUAACGUCAAAAACUUUGUCUGCUGAACAAAUAUCAAUAUUUGGACUCUGAAUCCAGAUAGAGUCAAAACCCAAUUUCUUGAACGUUCAAUGUCAUUUAAUAAUUGCUCACAAUUCAUAAAACUUUUAAUAAAAGCGCAAGAUUCUAUUACUUUCAAGCAGCUAACAAAAUAAGGUCAUCCUAAACUCAUUUCCGAAUUGUUAUUAACCUUCCAAUGAGGAGUCUCAAGUUUCAAGAGCACAACCUCAGCGAAAAAUAGCUUGUCAGUUGACAGUUUCUACGAAACGGUUCCUGAAUUCUCGGAAAACAGGACGCGACAAAUUCGAAAUUUUUUUGGAAAAUAUAAAGUAAUCGCUGAUUUAAUCGGCUGUAUUCUUGUUUAAGCUCUCUUUCUAUUAUAGCAUAAUAUUUUGCCACAAGCUAAUGUUUGCCUCAUUUUCUUUCUGCUUAGCAAUUACAGCUUAAAUUGUUGUGAACUUUAGUAAACAAUUUUUCGACAAACGUCCUUCCGGGGUAGAAACCGGAAAAUCAUUAUGCACUGAUGACUUACAAGGCAUAGCUGGCAGGUUUUGAUUGGUUAAACGGAGGUUAAAUCGCGAAUGAACCAAUUAGAAGUAUUCCUAAAGAAUACGUCAACUUGUCAUGAGAUUAGCUGCUUUCUCGCUCAUGAUUCCGAGAAAUGGCAACGCAAAUUUGAGUAUAUUCAGCGACUUCCAAACCAAGUAACUCCUAGUGAUCUUCAAGGAAUAUAAAGAGAACUAAACGAACGCUGGGAGAUUUAUGCUCGUAAAGAUGUUCCCAUCAUCGAAACCUAAGGCAAGAAAGCAGCAAAAUGCAAGCGCAAUGGGCCCUGGUGCCCCACCCCGUCUUGCAGAAGCUUUAUUAUACACGUUAGAUGAGCUUGAAAAUGGUUCCCCGUCAGUCUACAAGCUACAUAUGAGGGAAGAAAUGAGACGACCAAAAGAUAUGAUUGCAAGACAGAGUAUCGGAAAACCGUGCCGUAUCGGUCGUGGAGAAGCAGAAAAGGUGUUCAUGGUGGUGGGAGCAACAGGUGCUGGAAAAUCGACCUUGAUUAAUGGAAUGGCCAACUACCUUCUUGGUGUAGAAUGGAAAGAUGAAUUCCGUUUCAAGCUCAUAACGGAUGAGUCCAAAGUGUCACAAGCACACAGCCAAACGCAAGGCAUAACUGCUUAUACGUUCCACCCCAUGAGAGGUUCACUUGUGCCAUAUGCUUUCACUAUAAUCGACACUCCUUGCUUUGGUGGUACUGAAGGAUUAAAGAGAGACAAGAAAAUCACCGAGCAAAUAAAGGAAUUAUUUUCUAUUCCUCCACCUGAUGGUAUUGACCACCUUGAUGGUAUUGGAUUUGUUAUCCAGUCCUCCCAGGCACGUCUGACUCAAACACAGAGGUACAUCUUUGAUUCCAUUCUGUCGAUAUUUGGAAAUGACGUUUCGAGGAACAUAUUCAUGAUGAUAACUUUUGCCGAUGGCCAACGUCCGCCUGUCUUAGAGGCAGUUAAGGAAGCUAAAAUUCCAAACUACAGCGAGAAAUUCUUCAAGUUCAACAACUCAGCUCUCUUUGCUGAAAACAACGAAUCAGGCGAAGUGGACUUCGACGAAAUGUUUUGGAAAAUGGGUUCCGUCUCAUUCAAAAAAUUCUUCCAAGAAUUUCCCAAAGCAGAGAGCGUUAGCCUUCGUCUAACCAAAGAAGUUCUAAAAGAGCGAGAAGAGCUUCAUGUGUUAGUGGAGGGCCUGAACAUCCAAAUUACUGUGGGUCUGAACAAACUUGAAGAGAUACGUCAGGAAGAAAUUGUGAUCCAACAACGUGAAAAGGAGAUUGAAACAAACAAGGAUUUCACGUACAAUGUUGAUUUAGUCAAGCCAUUUCACAUUUCCUUAGAGGGCACGGGACGACACACCACCACUUGUGGUCCCUGCCACAAAACAUGCCACAGCAAUUGCAGGAUUAUCGAUGACGCGAACAAGUUUUACUGUUGGGCUAUGAACGAAGAGGGUAGAUGCAGAAUAUGUCCACGAAAUUGCCUUUGGUCAGAACACAAGAAUCUUCCCUAUCUGAUCGAAUAUCGCACAGUCACUGAGACUAGAACAGCAGAAGACCUGAAGAAGAAGUACCAUAAGGCUGUCAAGGAGAAAGCCACAUCUGAACAAAUGAUGAGAGCAAUAGAGGUAUCACUCCAGAAAGUGCAUGUUGAGGUGCUUACCAUGAUCAAGAGGGCUCAACAAAGUCUUCGUCGCUUGGAUGAAAUUGCACUAAAACCAAACCCGUUGACUCAAGUAGAGUACCUGGAGCUGCUUAUUGAAUCCGAGAAAAUGGACGCCAAACCUGGAUGGAAACAACGCGUCAAAUACCUUGAGGUGGCCAAACGUCAUGCUGAAACGCUAUCCAAAGUAAAAGACGAGCGGGAGACCCAGAGGCUUAUAAAGCAGUUGUCCAGAGAUGUGGAUGUCGGUGAGGAACAAACAAGGGACUUCUUGAAGAACCUGUCGCUUGGCCAGGACAAAUGGUACUCCCGUUUUAAGUUCUGGUGAUCACUGUAAGACUCUAAAAUUCCAGUCACAGCGUCGGAACACCCAGAUGGAGUUCUUCAACACUUUAAGUCAUGACAAGAUAUAAGAUGGAAUUUUAGAAAUGUUUACUCAACUGAUACUAGAUGGAACUUUCAAACUUUUUGACACGUAAUUAGCAAUUGCUUAAAUCUUUGUGGCAUAGCAUAAAUUGAAGGAUGCAUUUCCACAAAUUAAGUUUUCUUAGUUUCCCAGAUGCGUCUUAGCUAUUUUCUAAAGCCAUGGUAUACCGUUUCAUAUAGUGAAAUAUCAUACGGAAAGUACAACAAACGUGGAAAACUUUGUUUCAUUGAGCUUCAAUAGAAGUAGUUGGGAGGAGAGAUCAGCUUUAUGGAUGUCUGAAGUAGGUUUAUAGUAUGUUAAUUACUAGUUAAAUAAGAAAUCAAAUUAACUCCAUUUCUAAGUCAACAUCAUACUAGAAGUAUCCGAAGGAAAUAGUUCGUCUUCUGAUAGGCGUGCAUAUAGAAUAAGAAGAAAUAUUUUAAACGACUUUUCUCGGCCGAAAUUCGUAAGACAAGCUUUAAAUGGCUAGGUGUUCGUUACCUUCAAACGAAAUUAUCUGUUUUAAAACAGAGAUUUAGAGAGUACGCGCUGGAGUCCUAGUCUAAGGAGAAUCAACCUGUGAGAUUUUCUUUGAUGGCAAGUCUAAUAUUCCUCAACGUAAACAGAUCUGGAAAACUGAGCUUCUUUCACCGAGUUGUCAUCCAUUUCUCGAGGAUAAUUUGUGUCGAUAGAACCAAGAUUUUGCAAAUCACCUAGAGAGUUUAGAUUAACAAAGUAUGCAGAUGUUCUUCGAUGAGAGGUCGAAAAUAUCUAAUCAGGACGUAUUUGGAUAUGUUUAUACUUUUCAGAAAAGAACGUAUUAAGUAACUUUGUUGUCCUUUGUUGUCAGCUUUGAAAAAAUGUUGUUGACAAGGCUUGUGGUACCCUUGGUACAUUAUCUUACUUUACGGUUCGCGGCAUUGCUGGUAGGCAAAACAUAAACAUUCUACGUUAUGAUUUACUUUAAAGUAAGCAAGUUUCAUUUUGGGCAUACUUCGCAUUUAGCGACAUAACGAGCGAUUUGUCACUGAUGUUUUCAGUUCAGUUUGAGAGAGCUAAGUCUUUUAAAAAUGUUUUCAAAGAGAAUUAGGUUUGCAAAUAAUUCAAGAUAUUCUUCGAUAAGAGGCUGAAAACGUCUGGGCAGCCAAAAUAGAAAGUAUUUCAUAUAUCCACACUUUUCAUAUAAGUACUUAUUACUUUAUGUUUUGUCAGCUGUGAAUGAUAUACAAAUCUGUUUCAAAGCUCACUGUAUCCUUGGUACAGCAUCUUGCUUAACUCUUCACAACAUUGUUAGGAAACCAUCCGCACACGUGCACUCUAUCAUCUCAUGGUUUAAUUUAAAGUAAGCAAGUUUCAUCAAAAUCAUACUUUACAAAAUAUAUUAGUAUGGCAAAUUUUAA